UUCAUCAUGCUCCCCGAUCUCCCCACCGCGAAGCGCUCCGAGGUCCGGCCCCGCCACCUCGCCUAUGUUUCGGAAAAGAUAGCCAAGGGUGAAUUUUAUCGCCAGGGAGGCGCAUAUUGUUCGUCGGAGGUCUCGGGCGAGCAGGUGGAGGACAUACCAUAUUCCGGAAGCACUAUGACAGUGGUUGCAGAGGACGAAGAGGACGUUAAAAGGCAGCUAGCUGAUGACCCGUAUGUUAAGGAGGGGGUAUGGGACGUGGAGAAGGCGAGGAUUUUCCAGUAAGUCUUGAUCCCGCGGAAGGAGGAGAAAAGGAAGAGACUGACGGGUAUUGCAGCUUCAAGACGGGGGAUUCGGUGCCAAUCAAUUACCCGCUUCAGCAGUAGGGGUGGAUGCGGGGAGGUGUACGUUUUUGUCGAAUUUGACUGUCAUGGAUUA